AUGCUGGCUGGGGAUCUUAAUGUUGUGGAAGACCCGAUUCUAGACAGGUCCCUGGUGGGUGGUUCGUCUGGGGAAAACGCCAGGAUGCUGCAGUUGUUCAGCGGCUUGCACAUGGUGGACGCGUUCAGGACGCUCAACCCGAGCGGCCGCAAGUACACCUUCUAUGCGGGUGCAACAAAGUCAAGCUCCAGGAUUGACCGCAUUUUAGUAUCGGCGGAGCUGCUCCCUUCGGUGGCGGAGGCGGUUCACACCCGCUCGCUGAGGGGCAUCUCGGAUCACAAGUGUGGUAUCAAGGUGGUGCUGCAGGCGAGCCUGAGACUUCACGUGGGUCCAGGCAUUUGGCGGCUACCAUCUGCAGACACAGCAAAACCGGGGGUGGAGAAAGUGAUUAAAGCGGUCACUGAGCGGCAUCAUGCGGAAGCAUCACACAGUUUUGGAGGCCUCCUCACCAAGCUCAAAGCUGCAUUAAGGCGCUAUGCGGCGGAGGAACGGAAACGGGUGCGCGCGAAUUUGAGGCACCUGGAGCUUGCAGUUUCCGGUUUGAAGCAGGAGCUGAUGAGAAACCCUCAGCGGGAUGACCUCCGGGUGACCCUGGCGGAGAAAGAGUCGCAGCUGGCAGCAUAUCUGAAAGGGGAGAAUGACAGACUUCACCUCCUGGCGGGUGUGAAGGAGGAAACGAAAGGUGAGAUUGCAUCGCGAGUUCUCUCGGCGAAGGUGAAGUCGAAGAAAACGCGCACGAUGAUCACGGUUCUGGCCUCGCAUGGGGUGGAGCAGAGGGGCACGAGGGGCAUCCUGGAGGCUGCCUCCCGUUUCUAUGCGGAGCUGUUCGCGGAGGCUCCCCCGUCGGGCCUGCCGUGCUGGAAGCCAGACCCACUGAAAACAUUGCGGGAGCAGGAGAGAACUGAGUUAGAGGCGGACUGGUCAGAGGAUGAAGUGAAAAAGGCGUUAAAGGAAAUGGUGUGCGAUAAGUCACCGGGCGGCGAUGGUCUACCGAAGGAGCUUUUUGAACGCCACUGGGAUCUGCUGAGGGAGGAUUUCAUGGGCUUCGUUAAGCAGUUUGAAUCCUCGGCGGUUCUUCCGGAGGAAGUGCAGGAGGCGGUGACCAUCCUGCUGCACAAAAAGGGGCCGAAAGAGCAGGUGCAGAACUACCGACCGAUCACCUUGCUGUCGAGCUGCUACAAGGUGGUCGCGAAGCUGCUGGCUAACCGCAUGAAACAAGUGCUGUGUACGGUCAUAUCGGAAGAGCAGCAUGGCUUCUUACCAGGCAGGCGGCUCUUGGAUGCUGUGUCGACGGUUGCUGAUGUGAUAGAGGCCGCGAGAAAUGACAGUGAAGACUGGUACCUGUUAAUGAUUGAUUUUCAGAAGGCGUUUGACUCCGUGUCACGUACGUUCCUGUUUGACAGGAUGGCGCUGAUGGGCUUCCCAAGGAAAUUUAUCCAGUGGUGUGAGGGGCUGCACGACGGCUCCUUCACCCGACUGCUGGUGAAUGGUUGGCUGGGAGAUCGGGUGGAUGUCCGCAAGGGGGUGCGUCAAGGCUGUCCGCUGGCCCCGUACCUCUUUCUGUGCGCGGUGGAGCCGAUCUGCCAGGAGGCAAAACGCAGGAGGUUAGGGGUCUGUGAUGAUCGGGGCGACAGACUGGCCUACGUGGGGUACGCGGAUGACACAACGCUCGUGCUGAAGGGGACGAGGCGGAUUGGGAGAGCAGAGGAGCUGCUGGAGGAGUUCGGUGCUCGAUCUGGCCUCCGGAUUAACAAGGACAAGUCGGCGCUGCUCCCGCUGGGGGCCAACCUGAAAAAGAAGAAGAGCGAGGGGCCAGACUACGCAUGGGUCGAUCCAAAGGAAGCGGAGAGGCUGCUGGGGGUCUGGGUGUCCCCAUCCGGUAGUGCGGAAGUUACAUGGGAUAAGGCGUUAUCAAGGGCGGCGGAGGAGUUGGUGAAAUGGCAAUUCCACCAUUUAACGACGACGGCAAGGGUGGCGGUUGUCAACGCCUACAUAUGCCCGAUCUUGGCGUUCCAAGGGCAAGUUUACCCUCCGUCAGACAGUGUAUGGAAGAGGAUCAUGAAGCUGCUGGUCAAUUUUAUCUCGGGCAAUAAAGCGUCGACAGAGCGCCACUUCACGCUCUGGAGCAGAGAGCUGAUUUUCAGACCUCGGAAAGAUGGCGGGCUGGGGGUGCGAGACCCGUUCGUGGAGCUCAGCGGCCUGGCUGCCAGGAGGGUAGGGAAGCUGGUGUUGGUCAGCAGCGGCGUACGCAGUUGGCUGGCGACAAAGGCUGCUGACCUCCCUGCUGGUUUCCGCUCCUUCUGGGCGCAUCCGGAGUACCUGAAAUCAUGGGAAGGAAAAAGCGUCAGAUGGAAGCAGACUUGCGAAAUGUUUAUGCGGUCGAGUGUUGCAAGAAAAGGUCCGGUCACGCGCUGGGACAUUGCGCAGGAGCCGCUGGUGUACAAUCGGCGGAUCUUGCCGAAUGGAAAGAAACCGCUCGGACGGCAGGAAGCGGCAAAGGGGCUGGAACUUUUGAAGCUUGGCGAUUUUGUUGGCCGGGCAGAAGACGGUGUCCUCUUCUUCAAAGACGAGAAGCUGCUAACGAAGGAACUGGGCACGCGCAAGAAAGCGAGACGGGCGCUCAAAGCUUUUGCUAGCGUCCCGGAUGAUUGGAAAGAGAAGCUGAUAGCGCCGAUUACGGGAGAGGAGCUUAUGGCAGAGUCGGCCUUUGUGAAGAAGAAGGGCCUGGCGGGUGUCUGGAAAGCAGAGAAGGUGGUGCAGGAGGGCCUUGUCUGCCGAGCGUGUGACUGGUUAGCUAUGCCUCGGGAAGGAGCGGCGGAGGCAACUGCGGUUCCGAAUUGCUGUGGACAAGGUGGAGCCGUUGUUGGUGAGAGGCGGAAGGGUGAUUGGAGCAGGUGGCCUGCCCGAUGUACGGUUGCGCUGCUCGGAGCUCUGCAUGGACGACCAGCUCCCCCCCCUCAGGCAACUGAAGCUGCUUUUUGGCGCGCAGCAAGGGGAGAUGCGGCAACAAGAGAAGUGGUCGGAAGAGUGGGGGAUGGUGAUUGA